GUACUUGGCUUGGCGCUGCGGGAUUCCAGACGCUCCUCCCGGUGUUGCCAGGCAAGGAAGCAGAAGCGCCUGGGCGCGUUCCCGCCGGCGAGCGGCAGGAGGGCGGCAAUGGAGGAGAGCGAGACCACGUCGUUCACUGUCCCCUCGGAAGGGAUGGGAGAAAGCGCUAUUCUGGAGACAAGACUCAUGUCCUUUCUUACUCCUGGGGAAGCAGAGAAACUGUGUUCAGUUAUUCAGUGCUGUGAUUCAAGUUUUAAAACAGAUAGUCUUGGAACAGAAACAUCCAGCCAACCUGUGAAGUAUUUGAGUUGUUUAAAUGAAGAAUUGGACAGUUCAGAUAACCAUCUUCCAGAAUGCAUAGAGAGAGAGCCCUUGAAGGAGAACUGGAGUUCAUACAACAGACUUGUGAAUAAACACCGGAGAAGGAUGAAAAAACUCUUGCCGUACCUGAAAGGGAAAUCCCAGGAUAGCCUCUUGGAAGAAAGCCCGAGUGACAGCGAAAUGAAAUGGUUAUGGGAAGACGCCAUUACUGAAGAAGUGGCUUUCCGUAAAAAGCUCCAAGAAGCAGAGUUGGCAAUUGGUUCUGCAGAAAUGUUCUUGCCGUCAUUUAAGGAAACUCUUUCUCGAAUUACAACAGCUUGUUACAUUUCCGCAGCAGAUAUGAUAAAGAUUUCUAUGCAAGAGGAUUUACUGAUUAAGGAAAUAGAGGCUCUCAAAAAUAUGAAGGGAUUGUUACAGCAGCUACUUAGAACAAGCAAGGAAAAAGAAAUAAACACGAAACUAAUUGAAGAUUUGACACAGAAAUUAACUGAAAGUGAAACGGAAGCUGUAGUUCUCAAAAAUGAAGUGCACCAAAAAGAGAGGUACAUUUUGGAGCUUUCAACUCAGCUUCAGCAAGAGAAAGCGAAUGUACUAAGAGCAUCACACAAAUCUGAAACUAUACAGUCUGUGCAAAGACACCUGCAGUGCCAGAUAGAGAAGAAGGAAACAGAGAAUUAUCAACUAAGAAAAAAGUUACAGACUAUAGAAAAGAAAAUUGCUGAAUGGAAGCUUCAAGUUGGAGAAUAUAAGCAACAGACCUUGGCCGAGAAGGAAAGAAGAGAGGAGAGGAAAAAUGCACUGAAAAAAGCAGCUAGUGUUCAGAAACAAAGAGCUGAGCUUUUAGAAGCAGCUGUGGAAAACUUAACUUCCAAAAUUAGGGAGAAGGAAAUCCAAUUGUCUGAGGCACUUUCAGCUUCUAAAAUCUGGAAAAGUCAUCACGAGACAGCGGUAGAUGAAAAAACCAGGUUAGAAGUUCAGGUUGAAAUGCUGAAAAAGCAGAUGACGGAGCAUUUGAUGGAACUGAAAGCAAUGCAAGAUGGUGGGAAAAAGUCAAAGAGAGAGAUUCUUGGAAAGAUUAAUUCUAUCAUUUCUGAAAAUGAAACAAUUUCUCUUGAAAAUGCAAAACUAAAGGCAUCCCUUGCUGCUUUGGAAGCAAAUGUUAUUGCUGGAGAAGCUGAACUCUUAGACCUGCACAAAGAAGCAAAAAGACAAGCAAAACUGGUAGAACAAUAUAAAACUGAGGUGGGGAAAUUAGAAACAGAAGCUGAGGAAUUGGAAACCAGGUAUGAAAAAGUCAUACAUGAAAGCAGUAAGGUAACAGACGGCAAAGUUUUAGAGAUGGAUACGAUAAAAAGCCAGGCUGAGGCUCAGUUAAAGGAGUUAGAACAUGUCCGUGAUUUACAGAAAGCAGCUGAAGAGAAACUGCAGAAGUGUCAGGAGAGCCUUCUGUCCUGCCAAAAGAGCUGUGUAGAGAAAUCCAAAGCCAUUAGGGAACUGCACGCUCAGGUAGGCAGUGAUGACAGUUUCUUGAAACAGCAUUCUUUAGAAGAGGAAAAUUACCACAUUCAGUUGAAGUAUGGAGAAGUUCAAAGAAAAUUAGAAGAAAUUCAGUUGCAAAACCAAGGGCUUGAAAAACAGUUGGAAAACCAAGAAGAGAGUCUUAAGAAAACUGAAUUGCAAUUCAAGCAGAAACUUGCAAGCUGUGAUGCUUUGACCAGACAGCUGGAAGUUACUUUAGAAGAUGGAAGGAAAAAGCUAGCAGAGGAGGUGGAAAACAUUACGUCUCAGGAGCGAUCUCUUCAGUUGAAAGUAUUGGAUCUAGAAAAAGAAUUAAGGCAGAAAAAAGCAGAGCACAAGCAGCUAACUAGAAAAAUUAAUACAAAUGAGAAGCAUCAUGAAGUGUGUUUGAAAGAAUUAGAACAUAGUCUCAAAAAAACAGAAAACCAGAACCAGAGUAUCCAGAACUAUGUGCAGUUUUUGAAAACCUCCUAUGUAACAAUGUUUGGCUGAACAACUUUGUUUCUUCCCCAAAAUAAGGAGCAUAUAUUGGGUUGGAUUCAAUUCUGUGUUGACCACAUCGGAAUCUGUCGUUUUGGAGAUUUCCUCCACUAUGCUACCUGAAGUGUAUGUUUUAUCAUAAUUUGUGGCAAUAUGCUCCUGAAAAACAACUUUUUCCUGUUUGUUAGGCAUCACCAAUUAGAACAAAAACUAAUAAGAAAAAAUUAGGAAAAAACCAAUAAGGUAGAUGCCAGCAUUAUAAGGACAUCUGAAGCCAUUCUCAGUACUAGAAGUCAUUGGGUUAGAUGGAUCUCGUAUGCUACAUGCAUAGGAAGGUACCCACAAUUUUCCCAGCUCUUUUCACCCAAAGCAGCCCUCUGUGCCUCCCAAAAGGCCUUUUUUGAGACCCUUUGUGGCAUAGCACAUAGGGGGCUAUAGGGGAAGAGAAUAAUUGGUCCAGACUGGACAGAGACACCUUGCACAGGUGGAGUUUCUGUUCCCAGCAGUCCUCUAUCCUCAGGAAACACUUUUCAGGGGGCGCAAGGGUUUAGUGGCAAGGCAGGGGCAUGAAAGUUUCUUGAUGGGAGCCAACCCUUUGAAUCUAAUUUAUUUCCCAGAGGCUUUUCUCUCUCUCUCUCUCUCUCUCUCUCUCUCUCUCUCUCUCUCUCUCUCUCUCACACACACACACACACACACACACACACACACACACACACACACACACAAACACCGGGACGUUUCUCAUGUUUGAUUUGGCAGAAUUGGCUCUUGUGUUUUCUAUUGAUGUAUUGUAUUCUGAAGGUUUGAAUGAUGGUAGUAAUACAACACAAUAAUUGCCCUGCUCAAGGGACUCCUUGUAUGCUCCAGUGUCUGUAUGGAACUGUGUGCCCCUCCGUUAGAGAAAAUGAAGAUGCUCACUCUUGUAAGCUCCCCAGAGUUCACACUGAACUGUUGAUUAGACUCAGUGUGCUUGGCCAGUAAUCAAGCAGGAAGGAUGCAGAUACUCAAAGAUAAAGAUAACCCUUCUGGCUGUAACAUGUGCUCUAGCUACACUCAUGAGUUUCAUGGAUCAGUAUGAAUCAACCCCAGGUCAAUAAAAUCCUGUUGAUUAUACUUGAAGGAUGAGCAAAUGAAAGCCCAUCUGUUCACACUAAGUACUUGAAUGAUUUAUAAACACUAAAAUCAGAUGUCCAGUUUUUACUGAAAGUGGCCAAAUCUCAGUUGAAAAAGACUUCUAAUUGGUUUGUUUUUGUUAACCUUAGCACUGGCAUGUUUAAAAACCUCUGUGUCCAGUUUAAAGAAAUUGGGGGCCAAACUAGAUCUGGUGCUGGGAGAUAUAUAAAUUCCAUCUUCCACUCCACACACAAACAAACUAACUGCCCUGGUGGGGUACCGGUAUGCCUUCCCCUGUGAGGGGAAAAACAGCUGGGGAGGUGACCCGUAUGGGGGAAAUGGCAUGGGAGGAAAGGGUUAAGCAACACUUUCCCCUGUGCCGUUUCCUUGAGCCUGUUUGCUCCCCCUACAUUUUGAGCUUUUAAAACGAGGCAGGAGGAGAUCUAAUCUGAGAUCUCCGAGCAUCUCAUCUACUUUAGCCUGUGUCAUAAGAGUGUUUCUUUCCCCUCUAAAACAGUAGCAUGAAGUAACAAUAUCUAAAGAGCAUUUAUUUCUACAAGAAGUGUCACAAUUUCAAAAUUCAGUUUUUAAAAGUUCUUUGCAAACUGCAGGUAAAAUACAACUAGUAAAUCCGGCACCCAGUAAAAGUGUCAUUUGUUCCAUUGCACUUUACUUGCCCUUUGGUCACCUUUUUUGCUGACAAGGUUUUUAAAGUACACCACAAGGUUCGAAGGGGAGAGCAGAUUAAGUUAUAUUUACUAUGUUUUUUCUCAUGCCCUUCACUGACUGUGUUCUUGGUGUAAAGUUGAUGUAAGAUUGGUUGACUUGCAUUUAUUUUUUAAUAAAAAUGUUAAACCUUUUCCUACCAGCUUCUCUCA